AUGGCCGUGGCUCGCUGCAUGGCGCCACCGGCACGGGUGCUGUUGGCGCUGAUGGGCUUGUCAGCCAUCCUCUCAGUGAGUGCGCUUAAGUAUGCUGGCAGCGAGCAUGCAUACGAAUGGAAUGAGGUACACACUGCUAGGGUGUUGCAAGACAGCUCCAAGGGGGUCUGUUUUGAGAAGGGGGCCACAACGUGCGUGGCUUACACCCUCAAGGCCAACAAGCCCAUCAUGGCCUUCGUGGCACUCAGAUCUGAAGCCAAAGCCUCGCUUCAGGGAGCGAAUUCGUCGAAGUAUGUAGAGGAGAGUGUCUGCGAAGGCACAGUGUGCGACAUCAAGGUGGAUGUUUCCGAGAGGCAUUCAUACUGCUUAGUGAUGCUGAACAGGGACAACGAGUCGCCCCCAUUCAAGGCCUCCUCUUCAGGGGCAGUUGUAAUCGAAUUCAAGGUCAAUGGCUGUCCAGCCACCUUCUGGGCCAUUAUCGCCGCAGUUGUCGUGGUCGUGCUCUUGAUUGCACUGUUUGCCUGCUUCGGCGCCUGCUGCGUGCACAUCGUCCGCAACCGAAAUCGCCAGCAGACACAGGCGUUGAACACGAACCCACCGGUUGGGCCCCAGGUCCCAGGGCAGGUGAUCGCCUCUCCGCCCAUGUACCAGCAGGAUGUGGGCGCGCCGCCACUGCAGUUUCCACCGCAGGUGGUGGUGGGCACGCCGCAGCCACAGCCCAUCCAGUUUCUGGAGGCGAAACUGUGA